ACAGUGUGUGAUUUUCGUUUGUCGUACGGUCGCGUGCUCUCAUCGAAGUCACGAAUAAUCUCGAUCAACCGCAGUCGGCAACAAGCCACAAAGAAUGAACGUUUAUUCUGGAGCGCUGAUGUGGUCAUUGAAGCGGAUAUCGCCUCAACACUCACUCAGAUUGCUGCCGUAUUGCGUUCAGAUCCUGAUUACAAGGGAUACGCAUCGUCAGAGUGGUUGUCAUCGCUGAGUGAACGAGACACUCAGCAAGAGUUAUCAAUCCAAACCAAGUCACUGCAGAACACCACCGACUCUAAACUGAAUCCUCUGCGUGUUCUGUAUGCUCUCGAUAAGGUACUAAAAGAAGACUCGAUAAUAGUGGUGGACGGAGGCGAUUUUGUUGGUAGUGCGGCCUAUAUAGUGCGUACUCGAGGUGCACUACAGUGGCUUGAUCCAGGUGCAUUCGGUACACUCGGCGUAGGUGCUGGCUUCGCUCUUGGUGCAAAACUGGUGUAUCCAAAUCGAGAUGUGUUCAUCAUAUAUGGAGAUGGUUCAUGCGGUUUCUCGUUGAUGGAAUUCGAUACGUUCGAAAGGCAUGCUCUGAAUAUUAUUGCCAUCAUUGGCAACGAUGCUUGCUGGUCACAGAUUGCCAGAGAACAAAUAAAAAUCUUUGACGAUGAUACUGGUGUGAAUCUGAAGCAUGUACAUUAUGAAGAAGUGAAUAGAGCAUUCGGUGGCUUGGGCAUGUUGUUAUCGAGUGAUACGGAUACGGAUAAACUGGAUAAGUUCUUUGAGAAUGUCAUCGAGCAGUCGAAUAGCAAACGUAAAUCAGCAAUCGUGAAUGUGAUCAUUGGUAAAACUGACUUCAGAGAUGGCAGCAUCAGUGUUUAA